CUUACUAAUCUUCUUACAAAGAGUGGCAGUUGGUGUUUUAAAAGCACGCACUUACUUUAAUCUUGUCUUGCACAACAAAGCUUUAACCCGAAGAGUCGUCUAACUGCGUAGUUGAUGAUCUAUGAAGGUUAAAGGGAGGCCAACUGAUCAAUGAAAUGGUAGUAGAUACCUUUGCCCAUUCAUUUAUUCAUCGCCAAAACAGCAUCUUACGUGUUUUAUGGACAGCGUCCACUAAUGAUUUAUGCAGAGGCUCAAGGUCUUGAUGACAUUCAACAUUCAAGAUGAGGAUGAUCAUUUUCUUCCUAGUUGGACUGACUGUCCACGUGGUCUUCUUUAUCUCCAUUUUUGACAUCUACUUCACAUCUCCCCUGGUCCAUGGAAUGACACCCCAGGCAACACCACUGGCACCCCCUGCCUCCAGACUGGUGCUAGUGGUGGCUGAUGGGCUCAGGGCAGACAGUCUUUUCACACUGCUCCCCAACGGUUCAUCCAGAGCCCCAUACCUGAGGGGUAAUAUAGAGAAGAGAGGUACAUGGGGAGUGUCACAUACACGUGUGCCAACUGAGUCUCGGCCCGGUCAUGUUGCUUUAAUUGCUGGGUUCUAUGAGGAUGUUAGUGCUGUUGCUAAAGGCUGGAAGGAGAAUCCUGUUGAGUUUGACUCUGUGUUUAAUGAGAGUAGUCACACCUGGUGCUGGGGCAGCCCUGAUAUUUUGCCAAUGUUUGCCAAAGGUGCCACUGGAGAUCAUGUGUAUACGCACACAUACUCAGCAGAAGAAGAGGACUUUGCCUCCACAGAUGCCUCCAAGCUGGACAGCUGGGUGUUCACUCAAGUCACAUCGUUCUUUCAUUCAGCAAAAUCUAACUCCAGUCUGAAUGCUACGCUGCAUGAGGAUAAGAAUAUCUUCUUCUUACAUCUGCUGGGCAUAGAUACAAAUGGACAUGCUCACAGACCUAUGUCACAGGAAUACUUAGACAAUAUUGGACUAGUAGAUGCAGGUGUGUCUCAUCUGGUGUCUGUAGUAGAAGACUUCUUUGGUUAUGAUGGCAAAACAGCCUAUGUGUUUACUUCUGACCAUGGCAUGACCAACUGGGGCUCCCAUGGUGCAGGCCAUCCCUCUGAGACUCUCACCCCUUUGGUGGUGUGGGGAGCUGGAGUUCAGGGUGCUAAAACAGUUACUGAACCUCAACCAUACAGUGAUGGAUACUUAAAAGACUGGAAACUGGAGCAUAUUCAAAGAGUUGAUGUUAAUCAGGCUGAUAUUGCUCCACUUAUGGCUUCUCUAAUUGGGGUGCCCAUUCCUGUCAACUCUGUUGGUGUGUUACCUCUUCUCUACCUAAACAACACUCACCGAUUCAAGGCAGAAAGCAUGUACACAAAUGCUAUUCAAGUACUGGAGCAGUUCAAGAUGAAAAUGACCCAGAAAAAGGAGACUACCUUGUCUUUUCUAUUUACCCCAUACCAACUACUGACAGAGUCAAAACAAGCUGAAUUUAUCAACAAGGCCAGAAUACUUAUUCAGCUGGAGAAGUAUGAUGAUGCUAUCUCUCUGUGCCGGUCUCUUAUAUCUCAUUCCCUUGAAGGCCUGGUUUACUACCACACCUAUGACCGGUUUUUCUUAGGUUGCAGUGUGGUGCUGGGGUUUGUUGGCUGGACUUCAUAUGUUGUCCUACUCAUAUUAAAGACUCAUGCCAGCCUUAACAGACACCCAAAUCUCACUGGACAGAUUCCCAGCCUUUACUUGGCGAGGCUAUGUAUAUGUGUGACAGUGGUGAUCGCUGUGUUCCUAUUUAUCCAAAGGAGCCCCAUUACUUACUAUAUUUACUGCCUGCUUCCUGUCCCUGUGUGGUAUGCUGUCCUUAAAGAGUCUGGAACCCUAACAGAUCUGUUUCACUCAGCUCCUUCACUGCCUCUGUGGAAAUGUUUUGGCUAUUUUGUUCUAGUGGCAUUUGGGAUCGAAUUACUGGUGGUGAGCUUCUUCCAUCGCGCCAUGCUGACCUUAGGCCUGGUGUUCCUCUCUCUGUGGCCUAUCCUAUCUGGACUGUUUGGAAAGGCUAAGACUCGUUCACUGAGCUGGUUUCUGGGCUGCCUGUGUUUGGCUGUUUUUCCCCUGAUGCCUGUUGUGGGUAGAGAGCCUAAUAUACAUCUGGUUGCUUGUGCAGGUCUACUUGCUCUGUUCACUUCAGCCUGUUACCUCUGGUCGUCACGACGGAGGACGCCGCUGCACCUCAGCGACACACAACUGUUUGUCUUCCAGAUGAUCCAUGUGGCAGUGUGUUCGUGCGUGCCCUUCCUUACACACUCCAGCCUGCAGCAGAAACAAGGCUUACCACUUCUUAACCAGAUCAUCAGCUGGACCACAUUAGUGUCCUCUAUUGUGGUUCCACUCUUGAGCUCUACUCGUCUUUUCCAUCGACUGCUCAGUAUAUUCCUCUCCCUCACAGCCACAUACUUAUUGCUUAGCACUGGGUCAGAGGCCUUGUUCCCACCAGUGUUAUCGUGGUUGAUGUUUGUGUGGAUCAACAUUGAACAGGAAGCGAUGCUUGCACAAGGUGUCUCAAGCAGGCAAGAGCUCUCCACAAUUGAUUUCUCUGCAAACAUAGACAUCACCAAGAUCCGGCAGCUGAAACUGGACGAUAUCAGAAGAUCGUAUUUUUUGUAUCCUUGCAAAUUUCCCUUCCAGUGUAUUUUUAUUAUCACAGCUUUCUUCGGCACAGGAAACAUAGCUUCCAUUAACAGUUUUGACCCAGCGUCCGUGUAUUGUUUCCUCAGUUUUAACCCCUUUAUCAUGGGUGGGCUGAUGAUGUGGAAGGUUAUCAUUCCAUUCAUAAUAGUAAUGUGCACAUUUGAGACCAUCCAAGUUGCAACUCAGCUCUCGUCAAGAAGUUUAUUCCUCAUCGUCCUGGUCAUCUCUGACUUAAUGGCACUGCAUUUUUUCUCCUGGUGCAAGAUUACCGGCAGUUGGUUGGACAUUGGCACCAGUAUUAGCCACUAUGUGAUUGUGAUGUCAAUGACCAUCUUCCUGAUGCUGCUCAGUGUGGUCACACACAUUCUCACCUCACAGAGACUCAUCCUGUGGAGAAAGCCAAAGAUGCACUUCCCUUAAAUGAACAUGUGUAUAGAUACAUUUAGAGGCUAAACCAAAUGUUUUAGUAUUUAUUUUCUAUGGUAUAUGGGGAUAGGACAAUGUUGUGUUUGAGUUUCAGUGUCUUGUCUUGUGCAAAAGUCUUAGAGUCUAUUAAAACUUGAAUUAAUAUUAAGAAUAGUAUAGUCAAGUCCGUAAAAAUGGGAUCUGUAAAACAUCCUCUUAUUUCAAUACAUAUGAAGACUCGGGUGACACUUAAUAAAAAGUCAUAAGACAGUGUCAAGACUUCUGCACAGCACUGUAUGUACUGUUUUCUUCUGUAUAAACUCAUUGUUUCUGCAUUAAUCAUUGAUGGAUGGACCAAGGCUGCUAAAUACUUAGCCUUGAAUGAUGUCUUUGCCAACAGUGCUGAUUUAUGAUCAACCAAAGAAGGGUAACUUUUGAACUUUUCAAAUAUGUAACACUAUAUCUAGUGAAGCUGCCCGAAAUGCAGCAUUGUGUAGAGCAAAUAAGUACUGUAUGUCAUUUUAAUGCACUGUGAACAUGUUUUGUACUACUAAUAUUAAAAGAAGGAUUAAAAUGAA